AUGUUGUCUGAUGGUCGUGACAGAAUGGGACUGCCAUCUCAUGUGGUCCCAAACGGCAGCGCUUCACAGGACUCCGGCCAUGCCCGUCUCCAUGAACUUGGCUACAAACAAGAGCUCAAGCGUGACCUCUCGCUGCUUUCAAAUUUUGCUUUUUCAUUUUCAAUCAUAUCGGUGCUUACCGGUGUGACCACUCUUUACAACACUGGACUCAAAUACGGUGGUCCAGUUUCUGUUGUUUAUGGAUGGCUUAUAGCUGGUUCUUUCACCAUCUUUGUUGGGUUGUCCAUGGCUGAGAUUUGUUCUUCCUACCCAACUUCUGGGGGUCUAUACUAUUGGAGUGCCAAGCUUGCUGGCCCAAGAUGGGCACCCUUUGCUUCUUGGCUCACUGGCUGGUUCAACAUAGUUGGUCAGUGGGCAGUCACAACAAGUGUGGAUUUCUCACUUGCACAGCUGAUUAACGUAAUCAUUCUACUUAGCUCAGGUGGAAGAAAUGGUGAUGGUGCUUCGGGGGAUAAAUAUGCAGUCAUUGGUAUACAUGGAGGAAUUUUGUUUCUACAUGCUCUCAUAAACAGUCUUCCCAUCUCGUACUUAUCUCUCUUUGGACAGCUAGCUGCUGCAUGGAAUAUUUAUACCAUAACUGGCUAUGAUGCAUCUGCCCAUAUGACAGAAGAAACCAAGAAUGCUGAUACAAAUGGACCAAAAGGAAUAAUUAGUUCCAUCGUGAUAUCUAUUAUCGUUGGAUGGGGUUAUAUACUCGGGAUCACCUUUGCUGCUACUAACAUCCCAUACCUUUUGGAUGAGACUAAUGAUGCUGGUGGUUAUGCCAUUGCUGAAAUAUUUUACCUAGCAUUCAAGAGUAGAUAUGGCAGUGGAGUUGGAGGAAUUAUAUGCCUGGGAGUCGUUGGUGUUGCCAUAUUCUUCUGUGGUAUGAGUUCAGUUACUAGCAACUCCAGGAUGGCUUAUGCAUUCUCUAGAGAUGGAGCCAUGCCAUUUUCAUCAUUUUGGCAUAAAGUGAAUAAGCAUGAAGUCCCAGUAAACGCAGUUUGGCUUUCAGCCUUUGUAUCAUUUUGCAUGGCACUGACAUCUCUUGGAAGCCUUGUGGCAUUUAAUGCCAUGGUAUCUAUAGCAACCAUUGGACUGUACAUUGCUUAUGCCCUACCCAUCUUCUUGAGGGUGACCUUGGCACGCAAAUCCUUUGUCGCAGGACCUUUCAACUUGGGACGCUACGGGGUCCUUGUUGGUUGGAUUUCAGUGCUUUGGGUAGCAACCAUCUCGGUCCUCUUCUCGUUGCCUGUUGCCUAUCCAGUUACUAUUGAGACACUCAACUAUACUCCUGUUGCAGUUGGGGGUUUGUUUCUUAUUACAGUUUUAGCUUGGAUCUUGCGUGCUCGGCACUGGUUUAACGGUCCUAUAACCAACACAAAUGAAUGA